UGUCAUUCUGCUCAAAAAAAUAAACAAAAAGUUCAAUAUUCAAUUCCAUUUCGUGACUUUGAAAUUUAUCAUUUAACAGAAAUUCGAUAGCCACAAACCAAAAAUGAUGAUAAUUCUAUCCAAUCAAUCCAUAUUAUUAUUGAUGAUAAUUUGUACAUGUCCAAUAAAUGUAAUGACCAAUCCAGAUGCAAAACGAUUAUAUGAUGAUCUAAUCAAUGGAUACAAUAGUAUUAUUCGACCAUUGGGCAAUAAUUCUGAUCGUUUAGUAGUGAAAAUGGGUCUUCGAUUAUCACAAUUGAUUGAUGUUAAUCUAAAAAAUCAGAUCAUGACAACAAAUGUAUUUGUCGAACAAAGAUGGAUUGAUUAUAAAUUAAAAUGGGAACCAGAAGAUUAUGGUGGUGUCACAAAAUUGCAUGUUCCAUCCGAACAAAUUUGGUUACCAGAUAUCGUAUUAUACAAUAAUGCUGAUGGUAAUUACGAGAUAACCAUCAUGACCAAAGCAAUACUUCAUUCAGAUGGUCUUGUAAUUUGGAAACCACCGGCAAUCUACAAAAGUUCAUGUGAAAUUGAUGUCGAAUAUUUUCCAUUUGAUGAACAGACUUGUUUCAUGAAAUUCGGUAGCUGGACAUAUGAUGGCUAUACGAUUGAUCUAAGACAUAUCCAUGAAAAAAAUGAUGAUCCAGUAGUUGAAAUGGGUAUGGAUUUAAGCAGUUUCUAUCUAAGUGUUGAAUGGGAUUUAAUGGCUGUACCGGCUCGUCGUAAAGUCAUUUUUUACAGCUGUUGCGAUACACCAUAUAUUGAUAUUACAUUCAAUUUAACAUUACGUCGGAAAACAUUAUUCUAUACAUUUAAUCUGAUCAUACCAUGUGUUGCAAUAUCAUGUCUUUCAAUUUUAGUAUUUUAUCUUCCAUCGGAUUCAGGUGAAAAAGUUAGCCUUUCCAUAUCAAUUAUGCUUUCGUUGGUAGUGUUUUUUUUAUUAUUGGCCGAAAUUAUUCCACCAACAAGUUUAACAGUACCAUUACUUGGCCGUUAUCUUUUAUUCACAAUGAUUCUGUUAACAUUAUCCAGUGUGGCAACAAUAGCUGUAUUGAAUGUAAAUUUUCGUUCACCAUCAACACAUCGAAUGGCACCAUGGGUGAAAAAAGUAUUCAUACAAAUUCUGCCAAAAUAUCUAUGUAUGCAAAGACCACAAGAUGCAAAUGAAGAAGAUGAUGAUAUAACAGCAGUACAAUCUGAUAUGGAACAACGAAAUGAUGAACAAAAUGCACGUAAUGGACCAAUGAUGGAUGAUUUUUAUUCAUUCAAUAAUUCUCCAUACAUUUCAAAACAUCAUCAUCAACAACAACAACAACAACGACGACGAAGUAAUAGUUUGACUUCAUUUGAAUCAAAUGAAUUUACGAUUAUUCCGGAAAAAUGUUUGGCAAAUGAUCAACGAAUAAAAUCACCACAACCACUUUAUCCACCCAAUAUUGAUAUGAUAAAUGAUGAAUUACAUGAUGAUGUACAAAUAGCAGAUCAAAGUAAAUCAGAUGAUUCGAAUUCAGCUGAAGAAUAUUCGAUUAGUCCAAAUCUACGACGAUUAACAACAAGGAUUCAAUUUCUAUCACAACAUAAACGUAAUCUGGAUAAAUAUUUACAGAUUGAAGAUGAUUGGAAAUUUGUAGCCAUGGUAUUGGAUCGUCUAUUCUUAUGGAUAUUCACCAUAAGCUGUAUUAGUGGUGCUGCAUUAAUCAUAUUACGUGCACCUAGUCUUUAUAGUUUUAAACAACCAAUAGAUGUAUUGUUUAGUAAAGUUGGUUCAAAUCAUUGAAUAAUAAUAAUAAUGUAUAUGUAAAAAAUUAAUAAUUCAAAAAAUCCAAAAUCAACAACCAUAGAAAAUUAUAUCGAUAUCAAUUUCUAAUCAUCAUCAAUAUCAAUAAUUGUUUGAUUUUUGCUCAAAUAAAUUCGAAUUUAUCAAAUCAUCUUGGUCAUCAUCAUCAUCGUUGACAAAAUCUGUUAUUGUCCACUGUUAUUUACAAGUGUUUAUUAACAGAAUAAAUUAUCCGGCUUUAUAUACACGAACACAUCACCCUAAAUUAUUCGAAUGUGACAUUUAUUUUUUUAUAUAUAAUAUAAAAGCAAACCAUCAAAA